UUAGCGCUAACAUUUCCAUAAGCGUUUGAAUCGUCCAGUUAUCAACAUCUAUUAUAAUUGACCAGAACGUGUUAGCAAAAUGAAUAAAGUGUUCGCUUUUAUAUUCAUCUCCGCUGUUAUUUGCAGUGGAUUAACAGAUGCUGAAGACAUAUGCUCGUUGGAGCCGAGGAGCGGACCGUGCAGAGCCGAAUUUCUGAGAUACGCGUACUACAGCGAGGAGAAUAAAUGUAAAUUGUUCGGAUAUGGUGGUUGCGACGGGAACGCUAACAACUUCGAAACAAUGGGGGAAUGUGUGAAAGCUUGUGUGAAACAGUGAUCUAAUUUAACCAUUAUGUUUAGACCGAGCGCACGUUGGAUACGUUUGUGCGAUUUUUAGUAGUCCAAAUCGCACGACUACGCACGAAUCUUUUUGAUUAAAGAAUCUCGAGAUAGGAAGCUCUGGGCCCUUAUUCUGUAUGAUAGUGUAAACGCGUAACGCGGCCGUGUCAUGUUAUCUUUGAGAAAUGUGCGUGGAAUGGUAUUCUGUAAGCCAAAUUUCUAUAGUCCUAAACAUGACGCGUUGUGUUACGUGCUUGUUACGCACUGUCAAAAUAACGUGCGGGAUAGAGAAUAAGGCCCCUGUUGUGUGUUUAUGCGCAUCGUCAUUGGAUUACAGUUUUUUUGGAUUAUAUUUUAGAAGAAACAUAAUGGACAUCGUUUUAUUCACACUAUAUACUUGACAGAACAGCAAGAACCUGAUUAAAACGAAACUAAAGCUACAGUACUAAAACCCAGUAUGUGUAUUGGGUAGUCAACACAUUCGUUCAAGAAUCGCAGAUAUUAGUGCGAUUCACAAUCGUGUCCAACGUGCGCUCGGACGUAUUUUUUAUUAUAUUGAAUUUUAUAAAAAUAAAUAUUCUUUAUCGCACGUAUAUUUA